UUCUCUCUUGAGUCCAAAAAAAACCUUUGAGCGUGUCGGACGUGUGUCGGUUCGGAAGAAUUUUCGAAAGAACUGCCGUGGGUGACUCGUCGUUGCGUCGCGUGUUUUGUGCUUGUGUUGGUUUUCCAAAUUCAUAUAAAAAGCUUAUUAAAUACAACAAAAAUAAUAAUAAUAAUAAUAUGUUAAUGCAACGCCAAUCUUAGCAAUCGCUGUGUGCUUGCGACUCCAUAAUAAUAACCGAAAGCAACAGCCGGAGAGCGUGAGUGCCAAUUGCAAGACAAAAUGGCUGCAUUUCAACGCAUUUAAUGCGCGCACAAAAACACCAACAACAACAACACACAAGAGAACAACGUACACAAAGCAUAAGCAAACAUCCCCAGCAGCAACAACAACAACUACUGUUACAAAGCAAAAACAAAAUCAUCAACAGAAACUCCAACAACAACACCAUUUUAAGUUGUGAGUUUUGAGUGAGUUUUAUAAUUUGGUUUUAUUUCGAUUUUUUCAUUUCAAUUAUGUUUUCCACGCGCGCGAAAUAAUAAAAAUAAAGAAGAGCAGUAAAAAGUAAUGCAUAAAAAUCGUAAAUCAUAUUACGUAGAUUUAUAGUGUACGUGACGGGUGUAAAAAUAAAAUCAAAUAAAAAAUAAUACCUAAAAAAAAGAAAAAGAAAAUCGUAAAAAUAAUAAAAUAUCAAAUAGUGGCAAGUCGUGCGUGCAAAAAAAAAUUAAAAAAGAAGCGUGUAAAAUUUAAUGGUGCGAAUUUGGUAAAUUAUGAAAGCCAUGUCUUAGGUGCAAAAUAUAGUUGCAAUCAGUAGUCGGGUAGUCGGGAUUAAUCGAAAAAAAAAAGAAAACAACAACCACUCUAAUAAUCUAAUAAAUCCACUGCCAAAAAGCCUAAAUCAACAAAACAAAAACAACAGCUACAGUUAAAGCUAAAGGAAAGAGCUUUUACUUUGAGGAUUUUAAGCAUUUCGACACGUUGGAUUCCAUUUGGAUAUAAUGUCAUCAACAUGUGGAUUAAAUAUGGUUUUCAUGUCGAUCAUUUUCAUUAUCAUCGUAAAUGGCUACGCAAAAGAUAUUUCCGGAGUUGAAAGAGGCCGUGAGCGACUCAACGAAUACAUAUCCCACUAUGAAACACUCAACUAUGAUCAUGAGCACGUUAGAGCUAGUCACAAUAGAGCGCGACGAUCGGUGACCAAAGAUCAUUUUGUACAUUUAAAGUUUGCAGCACAUGGAAGAGACUUCCAUCUUAGAUUAAAACGUGAUUUAAAUACAUUUAGUGAUAAGUUAGACUUUUAUGAUAGCAACGGCCCUAUUGAUGUGUCCACUGAUCACAUCUAUGAGGGCGAUGUGAUAGGGGAUCGUAAUAGUUAUGUAUUUGGUUCCAUACACAAUGGGGUAUUCGAGGGUAAAAUUAUAACGGAACGUGAUGCCUAUUAUGUUGAACAUGCCAAACAUUAUUUUCCCACAAAUCGCACGACGACCACCGCAAGCGCAACCGCAACCGCAACAACAUCGUCCUCGACGACAACGGGGUCGACAACUCAAAGAAGGAGCUCCACAAACAGCAGUCUCAACAGCAUUAACAACAAAACUGCCAUUGAUAAUAAGACAGAAAACUUCAUAAAUAAAAAUGCUGAUACCACCACAACGACGACGUCGACGACAUCAACAACAUUCCCAGAUUCUACGACAAUGUUCACAACAACAAAAACAACAUCAACAGCGGAGGACGCCAUCAUCGACCAGGUGGAUGAGAAUGCCGCCGCACAGGACGAACUUGAUUUUCACUCCAUUAUCUAUAAGGAGUCACAUGUUGAGGAUGCCUACGAGAAUGUGCGCGAAGGUCACGUGGGCGGCUGCGGAAUUACCGAAGAGGUCUCACAAUGGAUGGAGAAUAUACAAAAUUCAGCGGUCGAGGAGCUUCCCGUGCCGAUGUCAAAGGAUGUACAAAAGCUGCACCGGAAACAACAACAACAACAACAACACAAAAAGGUUGCUUCUGGCCCACAGCAACAGCAUCAGCGACAACAUCCACCAAAGAAAUACGCCAGCGGCGAUGAUGAUUUCAAAUUUCCACAUCAAAAAUACACGAAGGAGGCCAACUUUGCCGACGGUGCAUUCUACGAUCCAGCCACCGGACGACGUCUCGGCUCCGCAGCCAAUGUUGCCGAUUGGCAUGACCAUGUCCAUGAGCGAGUGCGUCGUGCCAGCGGAGGCAAUGGCGGACGCGAUGGUGGAGGUGGUGGCGGUGGCUCUGGCUCCUCUUCGAGUGGUGGCUCUGGCUCAACUGGCUCCGGACGUGGCCGUGAGGACAACAAAAAUACCUGCUCGCUCUAUAUACAAACAGAUCCAUUGAUUUGGCGCCACAUACGCGAAGGCAUCGCUGAUCAUGAUCGUCAUGGGCGGGAUCACAAGUACGAGGUGGAUGAGAAAACCCGCGAGGAAAUCACAUCGCUGAUUGCACAUCAUGUGACGGCCGUUAAUUACAUUUACCGCAACACAAAGUUCGAUGGACGCACUGAGCAUCGCAACAUACGCUUUGAGGUGCAACGUAUCAAAAUUGACGACGACUCUGCCUGUCGGAGUUCCCACAACGGACCACAUAAUGCAUUCUGCAACGAGCAUAUGGACGUAUCAAAUUUUUUGAAUCUGCACUCCCUAGAAGAUCACUCGGACUUUUGUCUGGCCUAUGUGUUUACAUACAGAGAUUUCACUGGCGGUACUUUGGGCUUGGCCUGGGUGGCCAGUGCAUCAGGUGCUUCGGGUGGCAUUUGUGAAAAGUACAAAACCUACACUGAGACUGUGGGCGGACAAUACCAGAGCACAAAGCGUUCAUUGAACACGGGCAUCAUAACCUUUGUCAACUACAACAGUCGAGUGCCUCCGAAAGUCUCUCAGCUGACGUUGGCUCAUGAGAUUGGACAUAAUUUUGGAUCACCGCACGACUAUCCACAAGAAUGUCGACCUGGUGGACUGAAUGGCAACUAUAUAAUGUUUGCCAGCGCCACGUCCGGCGAUCGUCCCAACAAUUCGAAAUUCUCGCCGUGCUCCAUUCGCAACAUUUCCAAUGUGCUGGAUGUGCUCGUGGGCAAUUCAAAGCGAGACUGCUUCAAGGCAUCGGAGGGAGCGUUCUGUGGCAACAAGAUCGUGGAAUCGGGCGAGGAAUGCGAUUGUGGGUUCAACGAGGAGGAGUGCAAGGACAAGUGCUGCUAUCCCAGGCUGAUCAGCGAGUACGAUCAAUCACUCAAUUCGAGUGCCAAGGGCUGCAAACGACGUGCCAAGACACAAUGCUCGCCAUCGCAGGGUCCCUGCUGUCUCUCCAACUCGUGCACCUUUGUGCCCACGCAUGCCUAUCAGAAGUGCAAGGAGGAGACGGAGUGCAGCUGGUCGAGCACCUGUAAUGGCACCACAGCCGAGUGUCCCGAGCCGCGACAUCGCGAUGACAAGACAAUGUGCAACAAUGGCACCGCUCUCUGCAUACGGGGCGAGUGCAGCGGUUCACCGUGUCUGCUCUGGAAUAUGACCAAGUGUUUCCUCACCUCGUCCACUUUGCCUCACGUGAACAAGCGCAAACUGUGCGAACUUGCCUGUCAGGAUGGCAACGAUACUGCCACCUGUCGCAGCACCAGUGAAUUUGCCGCCGAAUACAACAUUCAACGAGGUGGCAUCAGUCUGCAGCCUGGUUCGCCGUGCGACAACUUCCAGGGCUAUUGCGAUGUGUUCCUCAAGUGUCGGGCUGUCGACGCCGACGGUCCGUUGGUUCGUCUUAAGAAUCUGCUGCUCAAUCGCGAGACGCUGCUCACUGUCGCCGAGUGGAUCACCGGCAACUGGUAUCUGGUGGUGUUGAUGGGCGUUGGAUUCAUCGUCAUCAUGGGCGCCUUCAUCAAGUGCUGUGCCGUGCACACGCCCAGCUCCAAUCCGAAGAAGCGACGUGCUCGACGCAUCAGUGAAACGCUUCGUGCUCCCAUGAACACGAUACGACGCAUGCAACGUCAUCCGCAUCAGCGUGGCGCUGGACCACGCAGCAUUCCACCGCCAGCACACGAGGCGCAACACUAUCCACGUGGUGGAGGAGGUUCGUCGGGUGGUGGUGCUGGCGGUGGGGGUGGAGGUGGAGGAGCUGGUCGACACGGCGGUGGACGAGCGCAUCAUCAUCAGAAUGCGCAUCCGCAUGAAUGGGAUCGUCAUCAGGGGGGGCACUCGAUAGUGCCACUGCCCACAGGCGGCAGCCACGCGAGUCGCAACUCGGCGGCGAACCAAGCGCGACGCAGCGAUGGGCGUGGCACGCGACCCAGCAGCAGUGGACGGCCGCAGGCAACUGGAGGAGCACGUUCUGGGUAUGGAGCCGAGCAAGGCGCGGGUGCGGGAACGGCGGGCGCGGGUGCCAUAGGUGGUGGUGUGCAGGCGGCCAUCAGCAGCGGCGGUGUUGUGGCUCGAGCACAGCUGCCGUUGCCGCUGCCGCAGGCCAAUGCACAGCAACAACAGCAGCAGCAGCAGCAACAAGCACUCUCACCGCAGCAACAACAACUACAACAACAACCACAAGCGUUUUAUGCGCCGAAAGGCGUCGCGCCCCCUCCGCCGCUACAAGUAAGCUAUAGUCGACCGACAUCGCUGCAUGACCAACAGCUACAACAACAUCAGCAGGAACAGCAGGAGCACCACCAACAGCGUCAGCAGGAGCAAGAACAUCAGCAACAGCCACAGCCACCGCCACAGCAACAGCAACCACACGCCUAUGCUGACGCCUACGCGGCGUUGGGGCGUGGCCUCUAUGAGUCAACGACGCGGGUGCCCCACAAUAGUAAAGUUUGACAGACAAAAUUGACGUCGGAGCGCCAUAAAAAACCAAAAGUAAAUAGACAAAAGAAGCAGCAGCAACAACAACAACAACAGCAACAAAAACAACGGCAACAACAACAGCUACAGCUAGCACAGCCACAACAAGAACAAAAAUCAAAUGAACUCAAACUAAAUGUAAAUGUAAUUUUUAUGCUAAUUAUUUUUAUUUAAACAAAGCAUGCAAAAAAAAAAAAAAAUACAAGAGCAAAAUUGAAAUAUAGAAAAAAGCAAGAGGAAAGAGGAAAAGUGAGGAGGGAAAAGGAAAUUUCAUAUGUACCAACAAACAGACAAACAAAAAAAAAAAAAAAAAAUGGAAAGAUAUUUUUGAUUAAAUUAAUUGAUAUGGAAAUGCAAAUCAUUAUUAAUAUAAAUAAUUAAAACGGCAGAUUGCAUAAUAUAUAGUAAAUAAACAAAACACACACAAAUAUAUAUACAUAUAUAUAUAUAUACAAUACAUACAUAUAUACAUGCAUAUAUAAUAUAUUGAUUGUGCGUACUUAUUUACAAAGCAGCAACCACAUGAAUAAAACCAAUAUUUAAUGAAUGGGAAAUCAACAACAAAAAACCAAAAUACAAAAUUACAAAAGAAGCAAAAUACAACAAAAAAAUAUAUAAAUAAAAAUUAAAAAAAUAAAAUGGAAUAAAUAAACAAACAUCACACAUAAAUGUCGAACCUUAACUAACGAGCAAUAGCAAGAAAAAAAAAUUAAUUAAAAUUUCCAAGCGCAAAUCUAUGUUCUGUAAAAAGGUGCAAAUUAAUUAAUCGACAGAAAGAACAACAAGAGCGAAGCAUUUAAAUCGUAUUUAACUGUAAUACUGGCCAAGACUUUAGUUAAAGCCGUCAAAAUUGCAUUUGUAAACUAGCAACAACAACAGCAAGAGAAGAAAAAAAAUGAUACUAAAUAAAUUAACACAUUUUCGAUUCUUACGAUACGAGAAUUUAUGAAAUUUGUUGCCAAAGUCUUUUUCCAUAAAAGCUUAAACUUAAAUACUUUUUCCGGAACCAGUAUCGAAUAAUGCAAGCAAUUCAAUAAUCAAAGUAUGAUUACAAUUCUUAUUUCUCAUAAACAAUACGAUACGAAUAAGUCGAUGAAGUUGAUCCACAAGAUGAUCCACAUAUUAUGUAUGUAGUUAUAAUUUAUAUAAUUUUAGUAUUGACUUUCAAUUGUCAUCUAUUGUAUUAGGUUUAAAGCUUUAUUUUGUAAUGAGCUGUUUAUUAGCCAGCAACUGAUUAUGUUAAAUGUUAAUCGUAAAUGGCAUGUAUAUCCUCGAUAAUUUAGAAUUCGUCUUAAAGAAAUAUAAUUAUACAAUCUAUAUAGUAUAUAUAUCUAUUUGUUGUAUUUUAAAUAGGCUUUCUAGUUUAUGUUUUUUGUUUUUGUCUGUGUUUUCGUUUUGUCUAAAUCUUCUCAACAUCAAAUUGACUGCAAUAUGGAAGUAGCUAAUUCUUUUUUAUAACAGUUCCCAGUACUAUGUGUGUAUCUAUAUCUCAAUUCUCAAUUAUUUUUGUAAAGACAUUUUAAUUCAUUUUCCCAUUUAUACACUUCAAAUUAUCUAGGCCAAUGAAAUGUUGACUAAUCUUUGAACUUGUUUAUUUCCUUAGUCAAAGCAUUUCUUUUCAUCAAUUUUUCAAUUCUUGCUAACUAAAUGAAACAUGUAAAUAGAAAAUUUCUAAGAAAUAAUGAAAACAAACAUAAAUUAAGUGGAAUAUAUUAAAAUUUAAUUGAAUAUACACAAACAAGCAGCAAAAAUAAGUUUAACAGUAAUUACUAAAAUUGACAUAUAUAUACAAAUAUAUAUAUAUAUAAAUAUAAAAUAUAAAUUAAAUUUAAAUUGAAUGAAAAACAAACACAUAAAAACUAUGCUAUUAGUUUAUUGCAGACAAACAUACAAAAACAAAAAACAUUUAACUAUUAAUUUAAUUACUAAAUACUGAAUUAAUUAAUUGAAUUUAAGGCUAAAAACACUGCUACAAAAAACAAAAAAAACAAAAGAAUGAACAUAAGAAAUGAUAAUAAAAACAAGAACAAAACUACUAUUUUAUAAAAUACAAAAA